AUGACUUAUAAACCGCAAACACUCCUUGAUCACUUCAUGACAUCAAUGGUAGAGCCGGUGGUGUUGGCUUUAAAAAAGCAACAAGGACCCUCAAACAAUACAGCUUUGAAAACAAAGAUAUCACAGAUGGGAGGAGAACUGAUACUUGAAAUCAACAGAUUGCAAGAAGCUUCAACUGAUAUCACACAAACCAUGGAUUACCUGUUGGAUAGAGUUGAAGAUAUGGAGAAGGAAGAAGAUGAUGAUGAGAGAACCGCAUUGGUAUCCCCACAUUUAACAUCGGAGGAAUCCGACGUUUCCGUCACUGAUGGCAUGUCAAUCACCGAAAUGGUCUUUUUGAAUACUUGCAUGCAAGCUCGCCGAGCAUCUCCAGAUCUAACCGAGCUUAUUGAGAAGAAGCUUGAAGGUUUGGAGAGUCCCCUUGUUCUUCCAUCGUCACCGGUUUCAUCAUCAGAUGAUUCGUCUUCCCUGAAAGGGAUGCCAUCACGUAAACGAGCCAAGCGAAGUUUGGAGGAUACUGUACAAAUGUUGUCAAAAGAAAACUCAAUGUCCCCUCCACCACCGUCAACCCCACGUUCUCAUGCCCAACUUCCACUUCCAUUUGUGUUACCCCAAAUGAAUAUACCAUUUUCUGGAACAGCAAUGAUGGAGCGAUGGUUGGGCUCGCCGUUUGCAAAUCCUGUCUACCUGAAUGCAAUGAAUGUGUUCCAGCAGCAUCAACCUUCGAAACCGUCUGAAGAACAAUUGACCGCGCUGAUGAAAAUGAGCAUGCACGCCGCCAGCAUGAUGAAAAAUGUAAGUCCUCCUCAUCUAGCUUUCUCUGGCACCGAUUCGGAUGCAGAAGAUGUAAAAAUUGAUAUCGAAAGCGAUGAAGGCGAAAUAGGAGUAUCUCCUUCUCCCUCAACGGGAGAUGUCACGGAAAAUGAGUCAUCGUCUUCUUCCAGUGGACCAUUCACGUCACCAACACUCGGUGAUGCUGAUUCAGUUCUCGAAAAACCGUUCAUUUGCAUGCACAACAAUUGCGGUAAACGGUUUGCCAACAAGUUUCUUCUGAAAAAGCACAUGUUCAUUCAUACGGGUCUCCGUCCACAUACGUGUCCACACUGCCAUAAAAAAUUCAAUCGAAAAGAUAAUCUACUUCGGCAUAAGAAAACGCACAAUCAAAACGAAACCCCUGCAGCAACGCUGAUACCAAAAAAUCCUUUCCACCCACUACCGCAACUACCGCCUCUUCACAGUUUGGCUCAGAGCUUGAAUCACUUCCAUGCAUUGAAAAUGAGUCUAGAAAAUGGAGCAACCGCUGUACCUAGUCUCUCAUAA